AUGAGUGCUGAAGAUGAACUUGUUCACACAAUAAAACACUGCAUCUUGUUUAUUCAGCGUAAUGAAUUUGAAAAAGCUGAACAGUUACUUCAUGUAGCAUUGAGACAAGCUCAACAAAUUCGGCACGAACUUGGUAUAACCUAUGUUUACGACGUAAUGGCAAAUUUAGCUCUUCAGAGGGAACAACUAGAUAAAGCUAAGCAACUAUUUAUUGCUGUUACACAAAGAAUUAUGGCCGAUGGUGCACAAGAAGAUGAUCCUAGAGUCAUCCACCUCAGCGUAAAAUUAGCAAGAGUUAGCCAUCUGAAGAAAGAUUACUCCACAGCACAAUUAGGGUAUGACUGGUGCUUAGAGAAAUUACAUAGAUUAGUGGAAACAGAUCCUUCAGAUGCAACACAAAAACUCUUAGCAAUAGCUGAAGAUUGGUAUGGCAGAUUAUUUGUGGACCUCAACAGAUGUGAAGAGGGCCUAAAGCUCAUGAAGAAUUCCCUUGAUAGGAUGAAACUAGUGUCAGACACGGACAAAGAAGAGCUAGUAUUUCAAUUGAAUGACAUUGGUACUGUAUGUGAUCGCCUUGGACUUGCUGAUGACAGCAUAAAGUAUUUCAAAGAAGCUAUUGAAUUAGCAAAAACAUCAAAGAUUGAAGAUGUGGGCACUAUGUAUGUAAACUUAGGAAGGGCCUAUAUUAAAACUCAGUUAUUAGAUGCAGCAAGGAAGUCCUGUGGCUAUGCUUGGAAGCUGGGAGUUAUGUCAAAAAAUCAAGAUGUGAAACAGGAAGCUGAACUAUGUAUCAAACAAAUAAACAACCAUGUGUAG